CGGUAACCGAGUAGCACGAGGCACGCAGAGGAACGGUUGUGGCAUUCGGCAAGCAAAAUUUAGACUUUUCAAUGUUACUUUUUAGUCGAAGAUUGAAGAGGCUAAUCAACAAAUUGCCAGGAAAAAGGUUUGGCGAGUAUCGAUUGUUGCCGUUGUUUUUCGUCCUCGGGGCCGUCUUGGAAUUCUCCAUGAUCAAUUGGCAAGUGGGAGAGGUUAACUUCUACAAGACUUACAAGCACCGGAAAGUAGAGGAACUGGUGGAGGAGAGAUUGAAGCAGGAACAAGUCUGAAGAGGAGCAGUUUUCGCGCCAACUUUCUGUUGAAGUAUCGCGCGAUGCCGGGAAACAUAUCCUUAACACGAUAUAUUGUAUUUUGUGCAACAGCACUGGUUACAAUGUUGGCUGGUGCACAAUGCGUUCACGAGAUCUACAGACCACUUGACGACCUAGAAGAUCUGGUCGAACAGAGACUAAACGAGAGGCGCAAAGAGUUACAAAAGAAAUAGUGUCAUGGAA